UGUCGGGGCCGCUGCGCGCGCGGCGCGGGGUCUGCGCUUGGGCCAUGGCUACGCCGCGCUGCUUCGCCCUGGAGCUCCCCGACUGCACCUUGGCUCACUUCGCCCUGGGCGCCGACGCCCCCGGCGACGCGGACGUCCCCGGCGCGCGUCCCGACCCCCGCCUGGACGCGCUGCUGGGUCCCCCGGGGCGCAGCUACUCGCUAUGCGUGCCGGUAGCCCCAGGCACCGGCUGUGGGGUCCGGGUGCAGGCGGCCCGGCUCCAUCAGCGCCUGCUCCAACAGCUGCGCUGCGGCCCCUUCCAGCGGUGCCAGCUGCGCAGGCUGCUCUGCUACUCUCCAGGCGGCCAGGCCGGCUGCUUGCAGCACGGCUUCCUGCUGCGCGACCCCCAGGAUGGCCCAGACACCAGGCGCGCUCUGCUCGAGCUGCUGGGCACGUGCCAGGAAGCCCCGCGUCCGCACCUGGGCGAGUUCGAGGCUGACCCACUCGGCCAGCUGUGGCAGCGCCUUUGGGCCCUGCAGGACGGCGGGCAGGUGCAGGUGGGGCGUGCACGCGUGGCGCCCACCCGGGAGCCCCCGCUGCACCCCGUGGUGCCAGACCUGCCUAGCUCAGUUGUAUUCCCGGACGUGGACGCUGCCUGGUCAGUUUUGGAGGCGUGCACGUCCUUUAUCCCUGAAGCCCAGGCAGUGCUUGACUUGGUUGACCAGUGCCCGCAGCAGGUCCAGAAGGGAAAGUUCCCGGUUAUUGCCAUCGAAGGACUGGACGCCACUGGUAAAACGACAGUGACCCAGUCAGUUUCAGAUUCCCUCAAGGCUGUCCUCUUAAAGUCACCACCCUCUUGCAUUGGCCAGUGGAGGAAAAUCUUUGAUGAUGAACCAACCAUUAUUAGAAGAGCUUUUUACUCUUUGGGCAAUUAUAUUGUGGCUUCUGAAAUAGCUAAAGAAUCUACCAAAUCUCCUGUGAUUGUAGACAGGUACUGGCACAGCACGGCCACCUACGCCAUAGCCACCGAGGUGAGUGGGGGGCUCCAGCACCUGCCCCCGGCCCAUCACUCUGUAUACCAGUGGCCAAAGGACCUGCUCAAACCUGACCUCGUCCUGCUGCUCACCGUGAGUCCCAAGGAGAGAGUGCAGAGGCUGGAGGGCCGGGGCAUGGAGAAGACCAGAGAAGAGGCUGAACUUGAGGCCAACAGCAUAUUUCGUCAAAAGGUCGAAGUGUGCUACCAGCGGAUGGAGAAUCCUGGCUGCCAUGUGGUUGAUGCCAGCCCCUCCAGAGAAAAGGUCCUGCAGAAGGUUUUAAGUAUAAUCCAGAAUCAUUGUAAUUGACUGUAGUUGCUCUGGCCAACUACUCUGUAGUUACUCUAGUAACAUUUUACUAGAUUAGGUGUUGUUUGAGACCACCAUUUGUUAUGUAGUUUUCCCAGAUUUCUGUUGCACAAGCAUAUUGUGUGGCAGAAAAUUGAGGACUAGACAUUCUAAUUAUACUCCAGUCAGUGGACUUUCUUCAUACUGGUGGACUCAUCAAGCUUGAGACUGGUCAUGUUCCAGUGAGAGGCCUGCGAUUGCUUUCUGUCCAGUGUAUUAAACAUUUUCUUGGAACAUAUUGUUAACUCCAUCACUACCUAAUCUCUCGAAGGCUAGUCUUAUCCAGAAAACAUCAGGUGUACAGAGGCAACCAGGAAGAUCUACCAGAUCCGCAGAGAGCCCUUGCAGCCCCGGACAUGCUGGUGAUACCUCCAGGUCACCAGAGUUGGCUGCUUCUUCCAAACCUGGCUGUGUUCCAUCAUGAUAGGCCCACGGCAUCUCAGCCCCAAAACCUAGAGCCAGGAGUUGUUCCAUAGCCUGCCUAUGUGUCCUCACUGUCCAAAGACACACCUACAGAGCCGUCUGUGGGGAGGGGACUCUCACAAAGAGACACAAUCUUGUGUCUGAGGCUCAGAGCCCCUUCGAUAGUCCUGAGUUAGCACUUCAGAGUCAAAUAUAAAGACAUUCAAUCCAAGAUACUCUAACUGCAAAUACACCAACCUUCUCUGAAUUAUAUUUUUCUUAUUUACAUUCCUUUCCUGUCUUCUGAAAUAUGGCUCUGAAUAUAAUGAGUGUUUUGCACUGAUCUAGAUGUGUUUCACGUAGCCAAUUCAGCAAUUUAUUUAUAUUGAUCUUUAUAUCAUGUGUUUCCAUAGUAGGGGCUAUGAUUCACUAAUUAAAAUUUAAGCCAACAAGUUAAAUGCAAUGUUUGUUGUGUAUUUUCGUUAAACAAAUUUAAUUUAUCUUGCUCAAUAAGUACAGUGGAUCCUGGAACGGGAUUUCUUAGUAAACUAUCUUGCACUUGAAUGUCUUAUGAUUACACAUGAAAUCAACUUCAAGAUUUGUUUGAUUAAAUAAAAGGAGCUGAGAAAGAGGGAAAUUUAAUAGCUAUGGAGCCUUGAGUAAGUCAUUUAACAUCAAGAGUCCAUGCUUCUGGAUCUAAAAAGUGAUAGUAAUUUUUGUUUUAAGUAGUUGGUUGAACCAGGUGAUUACCUAAAGCUUCCUCCAGUUCUAAGACAGAUGAAUCUGUAAAUUAUUUUUAUCCUGACUACCAUUUCUUAAGAAGACAUUACUCCCAAGUAAUUAAGUUUAAGGCCUUAUCAAGUUUACCCUAUGGAAUCUUAAAUGAUAAUAAAGUUUAGUAUGAACAUCACACUAUUUUUCAAA